UCAGAAAAGGACACAUAUAAGAGGAAAUGUUCAUCGAAGGGGACUUCAGUGUGAGUUUUUGACCAACGUUCUCACUGUGGAUCAUAAAAACAGGAAUCCUUACAUGGCAGCCUCAAUUGGUCUGGAGACGAGCUGCUCAGGCCAAGUGGUCCUGCUGUUACUGGGUGAGAAACAAAGUGGGAAGAGUUCAGCAGGAAACACAAUCCUGGGAAGACCGGCCUUCAACAGAAACACCAUUCGCAGCUCCAGAGAGAAUGGCACUAUCUUUGGAAAACAGGUGACAGUGGUCGACACCCCGGGCUGGUCCUCCCACUCCUCGACUCCACACAGAGUGUCUCAGGAGGUCUGCAGAGGUGUGUCUCUCUGUAACCCAGAGCCCCAUGCCAUCCUGCUGGUUCUGCCCACCACCUCCGUCUUUGGCCAAAGGGAGUUGAAGGCUAUGGAGGCCCAGCUCAAACUUCUUCAAACCCCCAUCUGGCAGCAAGCUAUGGUCCUUUUCACACAUGGAGACGCAUUAGGAGCAGUGUCCAUCCAGGAGCACAUAAGGCAUCAGGGACAGACUCUCCACUGGCUGCUGGAGCGAUGCGCCAACAGGUACCAGGUUAUGACCAACCAGCCCAGCGCAUCAGAAGCUCAGAUCAGAGAGCUCUUAGAGAAGAUCCAGAGGGUGAUGAGGACCAACAGUGGCUCCAGGGAGACCAAGAACAUGCUGUACACCAAGCUGAGACGAGAUCUGGCCGUAGAGGAGAGUCGGCAGGGAAGACAAGAAGACAUAGAGAUGACAAAUGUGUAUGAUUUGUGUGAUGAAGCACCUGGACAGAAGCAGCGGAUGGCAUCAGUUGGCUCCAGACCUGUUCUCUCCUUCAUCCUGCUGGGGAGGAGGAAGUCAGGGAAGAGCUCUGCAGGAAACUUCAUCCUGGACAGAGAAGAGUUCCAGGUCCAACGGUACGGACAAACCAGCAGGUGCUCUGUAGGCCAUGGGAGCGUUUCAGGGCGGGCUGUGGCGGUGGUGGACACGCCUGGAUGGAGUCGGUUCGGUCUGACCAAUGCGAAGAAGGUCAAGACAGAGAUAAAUCGGAGCACUUCCCUCUGCCCUGAGAGGAGUAAAAUUAUAUUCCUGCUGGCCAUACCAGUGGACUCGUUCGCAAAGAAAGACAAGAGAGCUCUGGAGGAGUUCGUCAGUGUUUUGGGGGACACCGUGUGGAGAAGAACUGUGGUGUUGUUCACCUACAGAGAGGAGCUGAGAGGAAUGACCAUAAAGAAGCACAUAGAGAAGAAAGGGGAGCCUCUGCAGGAGGUGCUGCAGAAAUGUGGCCAACGGCAUGUUGUGUUUGAUACUGGAUCAGGACACGGGGAUCAAAUUACACAGCUGCUGAAGACAGUGGAUCAAAUGUAGACACUAAAUCAUAUAUUUACUUACACUUACACGACACACUUUAUCAGCAGACUUCACGCCAAGAAUCGGAAGAAGUUGAACCAUAGCACAACUAAUCAGGAGAUCUAGUUGGGCAAACAAAGUUGGUUUGAAAAAUAGAUCUAACUUAUUAAAUAUAUCACAAAAAGUCAGACUAGCAAUAAUCACAGAUGGGUAGUGUUACAAGAUUUGAUGCAUAAAUGUGUUCCUGACAGCAGAUCAAGCUAGAUGAAAGUUGAAAUGUCAAAAGUUACAGAGCAGAUGAGCUUAAGUGCGAUUAGUUAAAAUUUCAAUGUAAAAAUGUGAUUGUUUGGAUUUUGCUGUGGAUGAAAAUGUUCAAAUGUGCAAUGUUAAUUUGAAUUAGUCUGAUAAGAAUCUUUCGAUCAGAGGAAAUAUUUUUAGCUGUAUAAAUGAUAAAAACUGUCAUUCACCUACAAGGCCGUCCACAACCGAGCUCCUCAGGACCUCAUUGACCUCCUCCAUACCAAAAUACCCACCCGUAGUCUCAGGUCCUCCUCUUCCACCCAACUCACCCUCCCACCUGCUCGC